AUGGCUCUUCCCUGCCGCAGAUCGGUGACUCCCAAGACUCUGGCCUUCCUUCUGGUGGGCGUGAGUUUCCUGGCCCUGCACCUGUGGCUCCUCGAGACCCCGAGGUCCCCGGAGGAGGAGGGGGGGGAGAGGCAGGGAAGGCUGGACGGGGAGGGGCACACCGAGGGUUUCGCCGCAGGACAGCCGGGGACGCCGCACCAGGGGCCACUAUGCCUGGCCAACACCUCCGUGGCCAACAGCACGGCGGACUUCGAGCAGCUGCCCGCUCGGAUCCAGGACUUCCUGCAGUACCGCCACUGCCGCCGCUUCCCGCUGCUCUGGGACUCGCCCACCAAGUGCGCGGGCCGCCGCGGGGUCUUCCUGCUGCUGGCCGUGAAGUCGGCGCCUGCGCACUACGAGCGGCGCGAGCUCAUCCGGCGCACGUGGGGGCGGGAGCACGGCGGCGGCGGCGGCGGGCGGCUGGUGCGUCGCGUCUUCCUGCUGGGCACCCCGGCGCCUGAGGAGGCCGCGCAGGCGCCGCGGCUGGCCGAGUUGGUGGGGCUGGAAGCGCGCGAGCACGGCGACGUGCUGCAGUGGGCCUUCAGCGACACCUUCCUCAACCUGACGCUCAAGCACCUGCACCUGCUGGACUGGCUGCACGCCCGCUGCCCCGGCGCCAGCUUCCUGCUCAGCUGCGACGACGACGUCUUCGUGCACACGGCCAACGUGCUGCGCUUCCUGGAGGGCCAGGCCGCGGGUCGUCACCUCUUCACCGGGCAGCUCAUGGCCGGCUCCGUGCCCAUCCGGGACCGCCACAGCAAGUACUUCGUGCCCCCGCAGCUCUUCCCCGGCGAGGCCUACCCGGUGUACUGCAGCGGCGGCGGCUUCCUCCUGUCCCGCCACACGGCCCGAGCCCUGCGCGCCGCGGCCCGCCGCACCCCGCUCUUCCCCAUCGACGACGCCUUCAUGGGCAUGUGUCUGCAGCGCGCCGGCCUGGAGCCCAGCGGCCACGAGGGCAUCCGGCCCUUCGGGGUGCAGCUGCCGGGCGCCCAGCGGCCCUCCUUCGACCCCUGCGUGUAUCGACAAUUGCUGCUCGUGCACCGCUUUGCGCCCUACGAGAUGCUGCUCAUGUGGAAAGCGCUGCAUGACCCGGCGCUGAGCUGCAGACGAGGACAAAGGGUACCCUAA